AUGAAGCGUAGUCUAGGUCCACGGUUUUGGCUGGGCCAGGGAAUACCCCAGGCAAAACCAGCCACCCAUUCUGCAGGGCUACGCCCAUUGCAGGAGGGGCCCGUCUAUGGGGCCGUCGACCCCGGGCAUCCCGAAGCAGCCGCACCAUUGGCACAGCCAGGUGUCAAGGCUUACGCUAGGGGCUCGCUAAACGACGCCAUAAGGCACGCAUCCACAGGUCCGGAAAAGUGUGCAGAACACAUCACAAAGAGAGCAAAGGCAGAUACAUCCAGAGGCCCCUACGAGUCAAGGAAAUCAACGUGGUCUGCCUUGGCCAGGGCGGCGGGUUUCUCAGACCCGUUCCGUCUGUCCCCGGACCUCAUCAACACGGUGAUGGGAGCGAUGGACAUGGCCGGCUAUAGAUCAGCAGAGCUGUACAUGGAUACAGCCAAGCAGAUACACAUUGAGAGAGGACUUGAUUGGACGGCACAGCUUGCCCAGGCCUCUAGGCAAGCCAGAAGGGCGUGCCAAAGGGGCCGAGGACCAGCCAAACAGGCGCAACCUUUGCCGAUGAUCGAGCUAGCGAAGCUGAAAGUUCACAAGGACCCAGCAGCUCCUGGAGGACCAAUUUUCCCGAUGAGGUCGGUCAUGUUGGCAUCAUGGUGGCUCCUUCGUGAAAUCGAGGCAAGCUCGGCAGAGAGGUCGCACAUCGAAAUCGACAAGGUCCAAAGACUUAUCCACUGGAAGCUUCCAUCCAGUAAGGCGGAUUGGCAAGCCCUGGGCGCAACUCGAACGCAUUCUUGUAAUUGCGAACAGAAUGCCCGGCAGCCAGAGUGUCCAUACCAUGCCAUGGUGGAGCACCUAGAGGCAGUGGGAGCUAUCAGCGAUCGCUGGGUUUUCCCAUCAGCCACAGGUGAGCAGUCAUCCAAAUGCGGAUGGGCCGACACCAUGCAAUGCAUGGCACAGCAGCUGAAUCUUCCUACUCACACAGACACUGGGGCAAGGAGAUUCACCGGACACAGCGCCCGGGCAACUGGCGCAGUGUACCUGGCACAGACCCAGAUCGAACUCUGGAGGAUCCAGCUAUUUGGGCGCUGGGGUUCGGAGUGCUUCAGGAUAUAUAUCCGCGACGCUCCACUUCAGCAGCUACAUUCCUUGGCAAAAGAAGCUUCUCUCACAACUUCUUUAGCAGCAGCCCGGGCGGAACUUUCUGCGAUCCUCAGCCAGGCGCAAAAUUGUUCCCCGCCAGCCGCAGCAGUUUCCUUACGGAACCAGUCCGUGGGCUGCCUUGCGGACUGCGAGGCUGCAGUGGAUAUUGCUCCGCCAUCGGAGCAGCCAGCUUCAGUGGAGUUUGUGAUUAACAGAUCUGCCUACGGCAAGAUCCACAAGGUAGCCUGUAGUGGACCAACGCGUCCUCACUACCUAUGGCGCACCCAAUGCAACUGGUAUUUUGCACGUGGCCACGCAGACUAUGCACUUGCAAGACCCAGUGUCACUCUGUACAGCGCGAAAUCGCAACCGCUUCUGAGCGACAAUCAGCGAGAGCAGAAGUUGAAGGUCAAGGCUGCCGAUGUUUGUGCAGAAACUACCAGAGGGCGCAAGGUUUAUGCGAUCAUUUUUCAUGUGGUGGAGUACAACAAGAGUUUGGAGGAGAGAGCAAGCGUGGCUCGAUCAAUGGAGGAAAUGAACGAAAAACGACGACUCUUCAAGGAGGAGCAGCAGCGGAAGAAGGCAGCAGCUCAUGCUGCUGAAAAUGUCCACAUUGGGCAACUCGCUGCAGUCGCUGCUCUGGUGCUCUUCAUCUUUUUGCAGCUGGACAGCAUGGAGAUGGCUGUGCAGGCAAUGGGAAAUGAGUGUCCACUAGAUUACCUGGAUGCUGCCUUGGUAAGGCGUUGGCAAUCAGUGGCUUUGCAGUGGCUGUGCAGUGGCUUUGCAGACAAGCUGGACAGCUACUACCUUUGGCUGGAUCAAGGGCCUGUCGCAAUGAUCAGAUACGCCUGUGCAGGCAUCCUAGCAUACUUGGCCGAAUUUGGCAUCAUAUGGUUCCUUGUGAUCGUGGUCCUUCUGUUCUACAACGCCUUGCGCGGCGGUACGGACCACUGCAGAGAUGAAUGUGAGAGUGAGUUGGACAGCUGCAUUGAAAAUCCGAACUGCCACAACUACCUGGAAGCCGAAGGCAAGCCGGUCUUCCAAAUCUGCGAAGAACGAUUUGAACUCUUCCGGGAAUCCUUUGAGUCGUGCUUGGAACAGAAACGCAACGGCUGCAGUGGCGUGGGGUGCAUGAGGAUUUAUCGUGCCUGCCGCAUCUCAACUGGCCUCGAGGUGGAUCACAUCUUCAAGGACGUGGGCUGCGCCGGUUGCGAUGGUUGGUGGAGUAACCGUGCCUCGCGGGAGUUGCAAUGCGCUGAAGAGCUGAGUGUGGAGCAAUGCAGGUGGAACGUCCUCACUCAGUCAACCGAAUCCCAAGCAUGCGCAAGGGAGUGCGUUUGGGAGGUGUGCGAUCAGGCCUUUUCCGAAUGCCAGAUCGCCGGAGGAUCGUUGUCAGAAUGCAACGAUCUGACCAUCGCCAUGAAUCAGUGCCGAGAAUGUAACUUUAUCCAUUGCGAGGAUGGUUGCAGCAAGGGCGCCUGCGAUGUGAUCUUCGGCAGCCGGGACGAAGCCUACAGAUCCUGCGCUGGCUGUGACACAUCAGCACAGUGCAAUCCAAGUUCGCCCUGCUAUGGUGACUCCGCUGAUUCGUCAUGCAACUGGCGGUGGGCACCAGAGUUCGGCUACUCCUGUUCGAUCUUGUGCGAAGAAUCUCUCCGAAUGUGCCAGGAAGGCGUCCGCGGCUUCUGCUGGGAGCCGGAUGACACGGGCGUCUCGCGUUCGGACGCGUGCCACAUGGAAUACGACAUGUAUCGCGCAGAUAUGGAUGCCUGUUGGCAGGCGAAUUUCCCAGCAACUCUUCCCGAAGGUGCCAUUUGGAGAGAGAUUGAGGUGCACAGCGCUGCUUGCGCAGCGCGGGGUGCUGUGUUUGGUGCCGGGGUCUCCUUGCAGACCUUGAAGCAUGUGCAGGAAAGCACCGAAAUGGCCAACCUCCGGGCUCUCGAAGGUGAGAUCGAAAAGAUGAGCGACAGGAUCUCCCGGAGAAUGGAACUCUUGGGUCGUUUGGUCUGCCGAUCUAGGUUAGCCAAUUGUUUCCUUAGUUGCAGUGAUUGCAGUGUGUUGAAAUUAGGCCCCAAGUGCAUCGCUGGAACCGUCUCCUUUGACAACGGCAAGACGGUGCCAGACACCUGCAGCAACUGCAAACCAAGGACCUGCCCUCAGUACCCCGUGAACUGUGACGCCCGUUGGUAUGAUGAGAGGCAAUGUCACUGGAACGAGUACAACUUCAAGAUUUGCAGCAAAUCGGGUGCGGAGGCCAAGGCUACGGUGGUCGCAGCGAAUGCGGAGUGCGCUGACUGCCAAACUGCUCGUUGUGAGUGGUCAUGCUAUGACCACACCUGUAGCGAGCUGAUGGUGAUUAUGCCAUGGGAUAGGAUGGGCCCGGUGGAACAAUGUGGCGGCUGUCCGGACGUGGCAAGGAAUCCGACAUUCAUGGCCCGGGCCCGCGCAUUCUGGAACAGUCCUACCACUCUGAACUUGACAGUGGAUCAUUUGGUUUACGAUGACACCCCUAACGUUGGUUGUUUGUAG